GUCCGCCCACCGUGCUAACUCUUCCAAAACAGCUGAUUUUCGAGGAUAAAUCUCUCAUCUCUAACACCACUUUCAUCAAUUUCUCUAUUUUCAUUUUUUCCAUUAUUUCUCAAGCAUUCCAAUAGUUCAUUGUUUUUUAAUAAACCAACAAAAGUGAAAUGGAAGAUAGUGAAGUGCCUGGAGAUGACUAUUAUUUGGAGUUGUCACUAGAACCUAUAAAAUUUGAAUCUGUCAGCAGUCUUACAAAUGUCUUCUUCGAUGACUCCAAACAACAGGUAUUUGCGGUUCGGUCUGGAGGGGUGACAGGCGUCUUGGUCAAAGGCCCAGAACAUAAUUUGAACUUUCGCAUGGAUGAUAAAGGUCCCGUUAUAUCUAUUAAAUUCUCACCAAAUAUGAAUAUCCUUGCAAUCCAAAGGACGACAACUUCUGUAGAAUUUGUUAAUUAUUCGACCAAUUCUGGAUUGGAUAAUAUCGAAUACUCACAGAGUUGUAGGGGAAAAAAUGCCUCCAUUCAAGGAUUUAUUUGGACUUAUGGCAAUGAGAUUCUCGUUAUCACAGACCAUGGAGUGGAACUUUUCCUGGUAAAUCCAGCAAAAAGGAAUGUGAAAGCUCUCAAAUCUCUGAGCUUAGGAGUAAAUUGGUACGUUUAUUGUUAUCAAAGUAAUAUGAUUUUACUCUCCUCUGGGACCAUUGGAAACCAGAUGCAGGCACUCCAUGUUACUCCUGGAAAUUUAAAUAAAAUAACAAAAUUUGAGAUGGAGGUAACGCCAUCGAAACCAGGCAAGCUAGCUGUUUCUGAGAGAGAUGUUGCCCUCGCUGCGUUAUAUGGAAUUCCUUGUAUAAUUGUCCUGAGACAUCAGCAUGGAGCCAAUAAAUCGCUUGGAACUGCUUAUGUUUGCGUAUAUACUGUUCACAAAAUGCUGACGAUAAAAAAAAGUCAUAUACUGAAACUGGAUAUGACCGGGCGGUUUGCUAUUAAUGUUGUGGAUAAUUUGAUAAUUGUCCAUCAUCAAGCAUCAAAGACUUCAAUGAUUUUCGAUAUUAUGCUGGCGGGUGUUUCUGACGGGACAGUGAUGCAUCACACUGCUGUAGCUCCCCCAAAGCCUAUAAAGCCUUAUAAUCUCAGAGUGCAAGGUGCAACAUUAUCGGAACAAACGAUUCAGCCCUGUCAACUUUAUUCACCCAAUUGGGUCGUUUUUCAGCCAAAUAUAGUGAUUGAUGCCAAAUUAGGAUGUUUAUGGUACAUUGAGCUCCGAUUGGAAUCUCUUGUCCAACUUAUUGAAGACAAAGUUCAAUUGGUGGAAUUUUUGCUACAGAGAAAAAAUUCAAAACAAAUUUUACUCCAAGUACUUCAAAAUUAUGUCAAUGAUUUACCUAUCACUCUCGGAGAUAUGCCUGCUGUUUUCGAUAAAUUGAAUGACAUUUAUAGAAAUCAUUUGGAGAACGAGAUUCAAAGUCAAAUGGGCGAACCGUUGCAGAAUAUAUCAAAAUCUCUGCCAAAUCAUUUGGAAAAUUUUGCAUUCAAGGCACUAAUUGAUCAGAGCGACAUAUAUUCUCAUAUACUUUCGAAAUUCUCCUCUGGUGAUAUCAUUGAACCGAAAAUGAUUGUCUGGGUUCUACUGGAAUAUAUAAGAUCAUUGACAGAACAUGGAAUUCCAGUGCAACAUUAUUUACAUGAAUUAGUCAUUACAACAUUGGUUCAGCGCAAAGCAUAUUAUCAGCUACAUCAGUUACUUCAAUAUCACGUAGUAGCUGACUCAAAACCUCUAGCUUGUUUACUUUUAUCAUUAGAGAAUUUGUAUCCAGCGGCGCAUCAAUUAGCUCUGGACAUGUUGAAACGACUCGGGAAUGCGCACGAAGAAAUUAUAGAGGUGUUGCUGUCUAAAGGACACAUUUUACCUGCACUAAGAUACGUACGAUCCGUUGGAAUGGUUGAUCAGGUAUCUGCGCGUAAGUUCCUGGAAGCAGCUAGAAUUCUCAAUGAUCCGACUUUGUUUCACUCUGUAUAUAAAUUCUUUGAGCAACGCAAUGUGAGACUUCACAAUACAACGGCUUUCACACGGGGUGAGCAUUGUCAAGCAUAUGUUAAACACUUUGAAAAUUUGUUUCAUGGCAUUAACAAUGGCUGCUAUGGCAAUUUAAAUUCAAACACUUCUACUCUUUCGUCGCAAAACUAGUUCAUCAACGAGAUUUCGGAUAAUGGAGAGAGGUGAGAAUGUAAAAUAUAGAAAUUUAUUAUAAAAUAAUAAUAAAAUAUAUAAAAAUUCG